CUUUGUAAAAUUUCAUUAAAUUUUUUUUUGUUUUUGCAGGCUGAAAAAGUAAUGACCUUGUCCUUUUUCAUUUUCUUCGGUUGGUGAGUGACAACUCGUGAUUAUUUGGUUGCUUAUUUCAGAAAUUUAUAUUUGUUUAUUACCAGAAUCAGCUUCCUGCGUUGUGUAAGAAACUAAUCGAUUUAAUGUAAGAAAUCAAAAUCCAGCGGCUGUCUUCUUCGAUAAAUUAAACCAGUUUCAGUUUUUCAACUUUGCCCAAGAUGGAACCGCUGCAGAUGCAAGCGCUUCAAGAUCAAUUGGCGUUAGCUCAGCAACAAUUGACCUUAGCUCAGCAGCAGUUAGCCACGGCUCAACAGCAAUUGACCUUAGCUCAGCAGCAGUUAGCCACAGCUCAACAGCAAUUCAUCUUGGCACAACAACAGUUUACUUUAGUCCAGCAACAAUUAACCGAAGCUCCAGUACAGUUACCUGCAGCAACUGCACCACCGCAUGACCAGGAGUUGUUGGACUGCUGGGAGUGGGAUUCUGAAACGGGAGACCCAAUUGUUCCACCCGCGCCUGUACUGUUAGCUGGACAAGGUCUGCAAAUGGUAGAUGCUAAUUCAACCACUUGAGCGAGGAUGGGCUAGAUACAUCCCCCAGUACAGUUUCGAAUGCGACGGCCGCUACUUUUUCCCAACCACUCCUCUCUUCAAUGAAUUUGUAGAUGGGAUGCAUAACAAUGAAGUGGCAGAGUUCACUGUUAAUUACCAGCUCAAUGUUGAAGAUGGAUCAGGUCGUCAGCAAAACAAUGGAAGGAGAAAGUCACGACAAUCUCUUGUUUGUAUGAUUCUGAAAGCCGACCUUAAAAAGAUUAGUGUGGUUGAUGAUGGCAUCGGAUUAACAAUCACGAAGAAUAAUAAUCCCCUGCUUCCAUGGGAUCCACCAGGUGGAGCAAACCAAGAAUUUCCUCUACGAGUAACUAUAAACAAGACCCCCAGGCCAGUUGAAGAUAUCAUUUUGGAUAUAAACAGAAAUGCCAGAUUUAUGAUAACGGGUCCUGGAACAUUUAGUUGUAGAGAAUCGCAUUGCGUCGUCACGAGUCCACUUUUGACUCGGAGUGCUUCAGUUCAGUGGGGAACCCAGCAACACCAGGUUUGUCAUCAACAGAAACGCUACACAUGUCGUAUGAAUGAUUUGGUGUAUUUAUGCCAUUGCAACGCUUGCCUCCAACUCCCAAUUCCGGCUUGGACAACUUAUAUCGGAGAGUCUUACGUAAUUGUUGGUAAAAAUGUACAUGCACGUUGGCAUAACCACCUGCUAUACCUGACCAAUUUCGGAAACCGAAACCUUUACACAAUCGGGUCGGCCCUUCUGGACGAUGCCGUUGCCGUAAUUCUUGGACCUCCACCAACGCCUGACGUUCACGAUCUUCUUAGGGAUAUUGCCGUCCAUUUUACCUGCAUCCACGCUGAUACUGAUAGACGCUACACAAUUCUGCAACAAGGUUUUGGCAAGAAUGCCGCUCAGAGGAGGGCAGCCGAGAAUCAGUGGAUCAUUCAGUGUGGAAAUGGUGUUUACGACGAACAAACCGGUUUUGGAAAUUUAAAUCUGUAAAAUCAAAAACGAACAUGGUAAUAUCUCACUCAGCAAUCUACAAUUCGCAAGACAUUUCUAUUUAAAGUACUGGUAGGGGUACUUUGAAUGAGUAUUUCCACAGCAAAAUUUAUGAACCAAAUCUGUGAAGUCAAUUAUUCAGUUUUAUGUAUGACAAAGUCUUCAUGUGAUUCGUUUUUUACUAGCUAAUGUCUGUCGUUUCAAAUUGUCUUCUGAAGCGAUAAAAUAAAAUACUU